CAGCUGGUCAGGAUGAACUACGUGGGACAGUUGCUAGGGACAGUCAGAGAUCUGUAUAAUGGCUUAAAUCAGGCUACUCUUUCUGGCUGUAUUGAUGUGGUGGUGGUGAAGCAGCCCGAUGGAUCUUUCCAAUGCUCACCAUUCCAUGUCCGCUUUGGCAUGCUGGGAGUGCUCCGCUCCAGAGAGAAAGUGGUUGACAUUGAGGUUAAUGGAUCACCAGUGGAGUUGCAGAUGAAGCUGGGGGAUAACGGGGAGGCUUUCUUUGUCCAGGAGACCCAGCAUGCUGAUAAAUUGGUCCCUGCCCGACUUGUUACUUCACCGAUCCCAACUGAGGAGCCAGCGUUCUGGGGCAGUGACUCUCAUGUGUGUGAAUCAUGUCAUGAGAACGGAGUGACAGAGGAUGGAGGGAAUACAAUCAUGAAAAAAAAGAAAAGAAGAAAGAGAAAACAUAAAGCAAAUGAACAGAGAAAAGAAGAGUCAGAGGAGACAUCAGUUUGUACACAAAGGAAUUUAGGAGAACUCAGACAGCAUCUUUCUUCUUGCUACUUAGAUAACUACCCACUGUCUGAUGGAGACUGGACUCCAGAUAGGAGGGUGUCAGAGCCCGCCUCGCCUAAGAGUGACUCAGAACUGGUAAUAAGGCCAUCCGAAAAUGUCAUCCAUCAUCAUCCCAACAAUAUGCAGUGGACAUGGGGGGAACUUCCAGAAGCCACAAAGUCAAGUUGUAAAGAAUGGGUGGAGCCUUUGAAGACGAUCGGCAUUACACCAACAGACAGUACUCACUUCCGGGUGAUUGACAGCGUUAAAGUCAUGGCGACAGAAAUGGAGCAGAGAACACAAUCUGUCCAAGCACUGAUCAAACCUCAACCUCAUCCUCCAACCUCCAAACAAAAACUUCAGCUACAAGCACACUCCACAAUGAGCCAAGUACAUGGUAAAAUACCUGAACUAACACCUUUUCUGCAUGGAUCAAAACCUCAUUAUACUGAACCUGACUCUGAUCCACAAACACAUGGCAAUCAAUCAGAGUCUUGUUCCUACACAUCAAAAACUGUGCCCCACAUAGAUGGUCAGACAUCCAGACUGGACCAACCCACACACAAAACUGGAGAAUACACCUCUAAGACAGAUCCUUCAGGGACAAACAGUGAUUUUAUUGGUUCAACUGAGGGUGAGGGGUUUUAUGUGGGAGUGCCUCAGACUGCUGCCUCUCAUCUGCUGAGAAAUAAACCAGAAACAACCUGCAAAAAGAAAGGAAUGAGGAAAAGGAGUCAGCAUCAGGGUCCAGACGACAUCUAUCUAGAUGACCUCACUGCUUUAGAGCCACAUAUUGCAGCUCGUUACUUCCCCAAAAGUGAGUCAGUGGAGCAGUGGGAGGACGGGUGUGUUCGUUCUGGCUCACCUCAGUCAGUGGGCAGUGCAGCUGCAGACAGUGGGACAGAAUGUCUGUCUGAUUCGACACUGGACCUGCCAACCGUCUCACUGUCACUCUGUGGAGGUCUUGGAGACAAUGCUCAUGUUAAUAAGGAGAAGUUUUUGGAACAUAUUGUGACCUACCAGCAGUUUGCUGACAACCCAGGCAUCAUUGACAACCCAAACCUGGUAGUAAGAAUUGACAACAGAUAUUAUAAUUGGACUCUGGCUGCUCCACUCAUUCUCAGUAUGCAAGCCUUUCACAAAACUCUGCCCAAGGCAGCUGAGGAUACCUGGGUGAAACAUAAAAUGCCCAAAAAGACAAACCGUUGGUGGUUCUGGAGGAAGAAGAGUGUACAACAGUCAGAAACCCAACAGCCAGAACGCAAUACACUCAGCGGAAACCUGCACCAUUAUGACAGCCCUGAUCCCCAGCAGAUGACAGCAGCAGACACAUCCACUGAUGAAGACUCUAAGGAGCUAAACACAGCUGUGUGUGCCAAGUGCAUACAAACAGCAGGCCAUACACACACACACUCCUAUAAGAAGUCAUUACGGCUCUCAUCAGAACAGAUUGCGAGUUUAGGCCUUAAAGAGGGACCGAAUGAUGUGGUGUUUAGUAUCACGACGCAGUACCAGGGCACAUCUCGCUGUGAGGGCACCAUCUAUCUGUGGCAUUGGAAUGACAAGAUUGUCAUCUCUGACAUCGAUGGCACCAUCACUAAGUCUGACGUUUUAGGACAUUUCCUUCCACAGUUUGGAAAAGAUUGGACACAUCAGGGCAUUGCUAAGCUCUACCAUACUAUACAUGAAAAUGGCUAUAAGUUCUUAUACUGCUCAGCACGUGCCAUUGGGAUGGCUGGGAUUACUAGAGGAUAUUUACAAGGAGUUAAUGAUAGUGGCAUCAUUUUACCACAAGGGCCUCUCAUGCUCUCACCAAGCAGCCUACUUUCAGCUUUUCACAGGGAGUUGAUCGAGAAGAAACCAGAGAAGUUUAAGAUUGAGUGCUUAACUGACAUUAGAAAUUUGUUCCCAUCAAACUCUGAGCCUUUCUAUGCAGCCUUUGGCAACCGCAGCAAUGAUGUGUUUGCCUACAUGCACGUGCAAGUUCCAACAUGCCAUAUAUUCACAGUAAACCCUAAAGGAGAGGUAAUUCAGGAGCAGACCAAAGGCAACAAGACAUCGUAUAGUCGCCUUAAUGAGCUGGUGGAUCAUGUUUUCCCUUUGGUUGGCAAAGAGCAGAGUGCUGCAUUGAAUUACCCAGAAUUUAGUUCCUUCUGCUAUUGGAGGCAGCCUGUCGCUGAGAUUAGUCAGGAAGACAUCCUGCUACUCUGAUUGGCAGGGAAUAGAACUGAUUGAAGCUGAAACACUGGUGCCAUUUGUAAUGAUUGAAACUUUUUUUUUUUAUUAUAAAACUGCUGCACUGGAAGAAGAUUGAGUAGAAUUAUUUUAUAUAUAGUCAAAUGUAUUGAAUAUCCUGUUUAUAUUGUCACUUUUUUUUGUUAUCACUUCAAGUAAGCUACCAUUUAAAUCUCUGUAAAUAUCCCUAGAAAUAAUUUUAAUAAUCCUGUAUUUGUAGGAUUAGUUUUGUAUUCUCACUUGUACAUGAUCAUAAUAAAUAUUUAUUUAGCUUCUUUUUAAUCAGCCUUUCUGUGCAGCAGAGAGUAGAUUGCUAGUCUAAUCUACUCUAUAGUAUGAACUUAAACUUGAACUCAGUAUAAAUAAAUAAAUGGAUAAGUAAAUAAAUUUUCAGACUAUAAAAGGCUUUAUUUGUAACUCGAAGCUGUUUGCACAAUGGUUUUUGCUUGAUAAAUAAGUACAGUCUAUUGUUAGAUAGUAGAAAAAAAUACUCCGGUUUAAAGAACUCAAGCUUUAUUAAAAAAAAUUAAAAAAAAGAAUUACAUUUUUAAACAGUUAAAUGACUGUACUGUUUGUAUUUGUGUUUCAUACUGAAAUUGCAAUAAAAAUAAAUAAAUGCA